AUGGCGAGAUCAAGUACUCCAGAAAAGGGGCGUCCGGUCGUCAAGACAGGAGCUGUCGUGAUAGAAACUGGCACUGGAACAUGUAAAGCUGGAUUUGCAGGUCAACAGACUCCCCAGUCUGUCGUUGGGACUUUGGUUGGACACCCUACAGAGAAGUCCAUGAGGACUAGAAGAGAUAGACCAGAUACGUUUGUUGGGGAGCGGGCAAGAUUGGAGCCUGAUGUGGAUAUUAUUUUGCCGGUAAGACAUGGCAUAAUCAUAGACUGGGAUGCAGCCGAAGUCCUUUGGAGACACCUCUUCUACAAUGACCUCAGAGUUGCCCCUGAAGACCAUGCGCUCUUGAUGUCUGAUCCCCCACUCUGCCCAACUACAAACAGAGAGAAGUUGGUGGAGGUUGUCUUUGAGUCCCUCAACUCUCCAGGAAUGUAUGUGGCGUACCAGUCUGUGUUGUCAGUGUAUGCCCAUGGCAAAAUUAGUGGCUUAGUGGUCGACACUGGCUAUGCAGUGACGCAUACCGUGCCAGUCCAUCAAGGGUACAACUUGCCGCAUGCCAUAGAAAGGAUGGACAUUGCUGGGUCCAAUAUGACAUCUUUCUUGAUGGACCUCCUAAAAGAUAUGGGGCAUUACUUAGACGACCGGAAGUUGGAUGUUGUUGAGGACAUCAAGCACAAAUGUUGUUAUGUCGCCCUUGAUUUUGAGAAUGAGUGGAAUAGUCCCAAGAGGGAAUACAUCGUGGAUUAUCAGUUGCCAGAUGGGCAUGUGAUAAGCCUCAGUCUCGUAGGGAUCCACGGCAUGGCCCAAAGAAGCUUGAGGAAGGUCCCCGAAGAGACCCGAAAGGAAAUGUAUGAAAACAUCAUGCUGUGUGGAGGGUCGUCCCUCUUUGAAGGACUCGAAAAGAGAUUCACUAACGAGCUUCUGUCCAAUCUCCAGACCAAUACAAAAGUGAAAGUCUCCGCCACCCCGCUGAGAAAGUAUUCUGUCUGGACUGGGGGCUCUAUUCUGGCUUCCCUGAAAAACUUCCAGCCAUGUUGGGUUCGGAAGGAACAGUAUCAUGAGCAUGGGCCGUACAUUGUCCACAGGAAGUGCUACUGA